UAUCCUGAGCGGCUGAACACUGGGAACCUCAGCCAGAGUCCAAGAGCCCCCCACCCCCCGCCUCCCCUCCAUAUAGGAUAAGAGAGAUCUCACUCUGCUGACCUGAGAACACACGUCUCUACUCUGGUUCACGGACAAUGAACCAGAAGACCACUCUGGUGCUCCUCGCUCUAGCCGUCAUCACCAUUUUUGCCUUGGUGUGUGUCCUACUAGCCGGCAGGGGAGGAGAUGGGGGUGAACCCGGCCAAACUCCUCACUGUCCCUCCGUGUCCCCCAGUGCCCAGCCCUGGACACACCCCAGCCAGAGCCAGCUGUUUGCAGACCUGAGCCGAGACGAGCUGACAGCUGUGAUGAGCUUCCUGACCCAGCAGCUAGGGCCAGACCUGGUGGAUGCAGCCCAGGCCCGCCCCUCGGACAACUGCAUCUUCUCGGUGGAGCUGCACCUGCCCCCCAAGGCCGCCGCCCUGGCCCACCUGGACAGGGGGAGCCCCCCACCUGCCCGGGAGGCACUGGCCAUCGUCUUCUUCGGUGGACAGCCUCAGCCCAACGUGAGUGAGCUGGUGGUGGGGCCGCUGCCACGGCCCUCCUACGUGCGGGAUGUGACGGUGGAGCGUUACGGGGGCCCCCUGCCCUACCACCGCCGCCCCGUGUUGCUCCGAGAGUACCUGGACAUAGACCGGCUGAUCUUCGACAGAGAGCUGCCCCAGGCUGCCGGCCUCCUCCACCACUGCUGCUUCUACCAACGCCAAGGACAGAACCUGGUGACGAUGACCACGGCUCCCCGAGGUCUACAGUCAGGGGACCGGGCCACCUGGUUUGGUCUCUACUACAACAUCUCGGGGGCUGGCUUUUUCCUGCACCCCGUGGGGUUGGAGUUGCUGGUAGACCACAAGGCUCUGGACCCUGCCCGCUGGACCAUCCAGAAGGUGUUCUUUCAAGGUCGCUACUAUGAGAGUUUGGCCCAGCUGGAGGACCAGUUUGAGGCUGGCCUGGUGAACGUGGUGCUGGUCCCAGACAAUGGCACAGGUGGGUCCUGGUCCCUCAAGCCCCAGGGGCCCCCCAGUCCACCGCCUCCUCUGCAGUUCUAUCCCCAGGGCCCCCGCUUCGGUGUCCAGGGGAGUCGAGUGACCUCUUCAUUGUGGACUUUCUCCUUUGGCCUUGGAGUUUUCAGUGGCCCCAGGAUCUUUGACAUUCGCUUCCAGGGAGAACGACUAGCUUAUGAGAUCAGCCUCCAGGAGGCCUUGGCUGUCUAUGGUGGAAAUUCCCCGGCAGCAAUGCUGACCCGCUAUAUGGACGGCGGCUUUGGCAUGGGCAAGUACUCCACUCCCCUGACCCGGGGGGUAGAUUGCCCCUAUGGGGCCGCCUACGUGGACUGGCACCUCCUUCUGGAAUCACACAUCCCCAAGACAAUACGUGAUGCCAUUUGCGUAUUUGAACAGAACCAGGGCCUCCCCCUGAGGCGACAUCACUCAAAUUUCUACUCCCACUAUUUUGGGGGCCUUGCAGAGACAGUGCUGGUGGUCAGAUCUGUGUCGACCAUGCUCAACUAUGACUACGUAUGGGAUAUGGUCUUCCACCCCAAUGGGGCCAUAGAGGUCCGACUCCACGCCACCGGCUACAUCAGCUCAACCUUCCUCUUUGGUGCCGCCCGAAGGUACGGGAACCAGGUUGGGGAGCACACGCUGGGCACGGUCCACACCCACAGCGCCCACUUCAAGGUGGAUCUGGAUGUAGGAGGACUGGAGAACUGGGUCUGGGCUGAGGACAUGACCUAUGUCCCCACGGCAGUCCCCUGGAGCCCCGAGCACCAGGUGCAGAGGCUGCAGGUGACCCGGAAGCUGCUGGAGACCGAGGAGCAGGCCUCCUUCCCCCUGGGAGGCGUCCCGCCCCGCUACGUGUACCUGGCCAGCAACCACAGCAACAAGUGGGGUCACCUGCGGGGCUACCGCGUCCAGGUGCUCAGCUUUGCAGGGGAGCCGCUGCCCCAGAACAGCUCCUUGGAGAGAGCCUUCAGCUGGGGGAGGUACCAGCUGGCCGUGACCCAGCGGAAGGAAAAGGAGCACAGCAGCACCAGCAUCUACAAUCAGAACGACCCUUGGGCCCCCACCGUGGAGUUUGCUGACUUCAUCAACAAUGAGACCAUUGCUGGAGAGGACCUGGUGGCCUGGGUGACAGCUGGUUUCCUGCACAUCCCACACGCGGAAGACGUUCCCAACACGGUGACUGUGGGGAACGGUGUGGGCUUCUUCCUCCGACCCUACAACUUCUUUGACCAGGACCCCUCCUUCGAGUCUGCGGACUCUGUCUAUUUCCGGGAGGACCAGGACGCUGGGGCCUGCGAGAUCAACCCCCUGGCUUGCCUUCCCCAGGCUGCUGCCUGUGCCCCAGACCUCCCCACCUUCUCCCACGGGGGCUUCUCUCACAACUAAGGGGUCCCCGGGAUGGGGAGUGUGCCAGGGACCCUAGGGCCAGGCUGUGGGGAGAGGAGCAGUGGGUGCUGGGCCAGGGGGCCUGAUGCCCUCUUUUCCUUCCUUCCACCUGGAAGCUCCCCGCCUCCCCUUCCCCUCAGGCCCCCUCUCUAUGGCCCUCCCUGACACCCCCUCCCUGCUGGGAGCAUCCUGAGCCUGUGAUGCCUGGCACUGGGGGAGGGGCAGAGAUGCAACUGGGCUUUGUUGACCCCAGACCUGCUGGGUUCCUGUCCUAGAGAGAAGAAUGGCCAGCUGAUGCCUGGACGGAUGGCCAAGCUUUUCCCAGAAGACUCCUGGUUUUUUUUGCUUUCUGGUUUUCCCAAAUCUUUUUAAUCCAUCUCCGAGCCUCCUCGCUUCCUCCCUUGGGGGGUGAGGAUGGUGUUGUUGCACUGGGAAUAGUGUCCUAGAAACCCUGGGAUAGUUCCCUUGAAGCCCCAGGGCAGGGUUCCUGCCAGGCCGACACCUCCACGGAUGAGCUAGAAGGGGUUCCUUAGCCCACAUUCCUCUUAUCCAAGUCCUCCUCGCCCUCUCCCUUCCCCCACCUACUGCCUCCUCUUCCUGUUCCUACUUGUUCUUAUAGCCUGGGAUUUGUCUCCCAUCCCUCAGAGGACGUUCCUCUGUCACAAUGCUCCCUUAGUCUUUAUUUCUAAUGUAGGUCUCUUCUCCUGGCUCUCUGCCCAUGGAAGUCUCAAAAUGCAAAGGACAUCUAGUUUCAGAGGACAGCCCCUGUCUGUCCCCCUGUGUCUGUCACAACUGGAGGUAGAGUGGACCCCACCCCUGUCCCGGAGCAGGCUGUCCAUCAUGGAAGUUCUCUCCGCCCCCUUUGUAUUCACCUGCUUUGCACCCUCUGGCAAAAGGAGGGCCACACAGCAGCAGCUCAAGUGAGCCCUUGAGGCGGAUGUGUGGGUACUGGGGUAAUGAGCAGUGGUCAUUCAUGCCAGGGGUGUGAAUGAGCCCAUGUACUCCGCAGCAGCAGACCCUGAUGACAGGUGGGCGCCAAGGGUGGGAAGCAGUGAGACCUUGGAACUCCAAGAGCCACCACUUGUAGCCAUGCCAAGGAAAUGGGGAGUGGCUCCCAUCAUGGCGUCCCUCAGGGACCCUGGGUGAGGGGCGGGUGUGCCCAAAGUGAGAGAUUGCAAACCAGAGAAACAUCCUUUCCCAGAGGACUGAUUAACUAAAUUGCCUCAUGGUCUUACAACACAGUGCUGUGCAGCUCUAACAAGAAGGCUCUCUCUGUGUAUACUAAUAGGGAGUGAUGUUCCAGUGAAACAGCAAGGCACGGAAGUGUGGGUGGCGCACUUCUCCCUUGUGUGGUAGAAAGGAGGAAACUAUAAAUACAUAUUUACAUAUAUAUGCAUAUUCAGAAGAAACCAGUGAUAACUGUUGUUUUUGGGGGAAGGGAACUGGGAAGCAGGGA